AUGGUGCAGAAAGUUUUACCCAUGCUCCCACGGCGAUUGUGCGAAGAGCUGUGUAGUCUGAACCCUGGAGAAGACCGCCUGACAAUCUCCAUUGUUUGGAAAAUAACGAGCAAAGGAGAAAUAAUUGACGAUUGGAAGGGAAGGGGAAUCAUUCGCUCGCGAAUAAAAAUGGCUUACGAACAUGCGCAAGAUAUGAUUGAAAAGCCGAACAGGAAAUGGAAUGAAAACGAGCUUCCCCCGAUUUCAGACGGUGCUACUGCGGAGGAAAUUUCCGCGCAGGUAAAUCAGCUUCAUAAAUUUGCAAUCCGUCUCAGGCGCAAUCGCUUAGAGAAUGGCGCGCUCCGUUUGGACCAAGCAAAACUCCGGUUUGAUCUGGAUAAAGAAACCGGUAUGCCUAGCGGGUACCACGUGCACAAACAGCGCGACUCGAACAGGCUUAUUGAAGAGUUCAUGUUGCUUGCCAACAUGGCGAUUGCUCACCACAUCUACAGGUCGUAUCCCGAGACAGCGCUUCUAAGACGACACCCAAAACCGCAACAGAAACAGCUCGACGAUCUUCUUGAGCUGUGCAGAUCGCUUGGUAUUGAGUUCAACACCACUUCAUCCAAGACUAUUCACGAGUCGCUUGCACAAUUUCCGCUCUCCUCUCCUGAGCGUGAAGUUCUUGUCAAUUUAGCUAUGCGUCCCAUGAAAAACGCGGAGUAUUUUUGCACGGGGUGCGUAGAUGACGGCGAAUAUGGACACUAUGCCCUAAGCGUGCCUCUGUACACACACUUUACGUCCCCGAUAAGAAGAUACGCAGAUGUAGUAGUGCACAGGCUUCUGGCUGCGAGCCUUGGAAUCGAUGAACCACUGGACCAGGAUCCCUCUACCAUUGACAUGAUCGCGCACCAUUGCAAUGAUCGCAAACUGGCAGCUAAAAGAGCCGGCGAAUUGAGCACCGAAAUGUUCUUUGGUAUUUUUGUGCGUGAAAGCGGCCCUCUGGAGAAAGAUGGAAUUGUGCUGAACGUAAUGGACCAAUCAGUUGACGUUCUUGUGCCAGAACUGGGCAUGGUCAAGAGGGUGUACAUGAAAUUCUGUCCCGGGGUGAAGCGCUACGCGUUCACCAAAGGUGAGAAGGGGAAACCAGCCGAGUUGCGAUUGCUUUGGAGCGCCGAGUUGAAUUGGGGUGAUGUGAUUCACGAAGAGGAGCAAGUGUUAAAGACCUUCAACACGGUGCGGGUUAUUUUGACGACUGAGAGUGAAACGGAAAGUAAGACUGCAAACCCCUUCAAGGUCAUGGCCAAACUUGCUCCACCUCUCAAGUGCGGUGACGAAUUUUGCAUUCCAUCAACCCCAGCAACUGAGAAAUCUCUGAAGAAGAGAGGCGCUAGAGGACAUUCUGAAGCAGCUGGAGUCCCGAAUAGUACCGACGACGUACGAAAAAAACUGUUUGUUUCCGAAGGCUCCGAUGCUAUUUUCAAGUCUAAGAAAGCUCAGGAGGUCGACAGUUUACACGUGAAUCAAAGAUCUGAUGAAGAAGAGACUGGAUCAUAUGGCUCUGACGACGUCAUUGUAGAAGACGAAAAGGCGAAUGAGGGCACGAACCUAGCCGAUGAUGAUUCCGAUGAUGUCAUUGUAGAGUCGGAAUCUGACAAUGAAGGGCAUUGA